AUGCCUGUCCGUCAGUCUGCUCAGUCCGCCAACCCUCGCUCCGCCAACCGGGUCGUUCCGGCACCGAGGCUCCUGGCCGAUGAGUUCACCCGCGCCUUUCAGCGCACGCAGUGGGGCGUCAACGGCCGCGUGGAGCCGAAGUUCUUCGAUGACAACUUCGUGUUCCGCGACCCAGACGUGACCACCAAUGGCAUUCAAGCGUAUUCCAAAGGCACCGGAGCGGUGCUCUCCAACUGCCAGGCGGAUGCCAUUGACGUGCAGCUCUUCGAGCCAGAUCGCUUCGCCAUCCGCUGGCGCAUCGCGGGGACGGCCAACGUGCCCUUUCCCGGGCUGAGGAUUAAGCCCUACAUUGUCACCAGCACCUUCACGGUGAACUCGCAGGGCCUCGUGGACUCGGAGACUGAUAGUUUCUCGAUCCCCACCUGGGAUCUGCUGCUCUCCGCCGUGGCUCCCUGGCUGCCCGGCCUGGCGCCGCCGGAGCCGCCGGUGCAGUCGCCCUAUGCCUAGCGGCCUAGCUCGGGCCGAAGAAGCUAUGGAUGGAACGCGAAAGAGGCUCACCUUAUCGAAUCCUUGUAUGGAGGAGAGAGUGCACAAAGG